AUGGACAGACUUAAAGAGAGAGUCAAUAACCUCCGCGCUGAGGCAGACGCAGCUACGGCACGUGCAGACGAAGAAGCGGCCAAGGCGAAAGCCUUUGAAUUAGAGUCAUCUAAUAAAGAUGCCGAAAUAGAAACGUUGAAAAAUAAAGUUGCUCGGCUUGAAUCUGACCUUGAAGAAACUGAGAAGCGUCUGGCUGAGACGACAAAUAAACUUCGAGAGAGCGACCUACGAGCAGAGCAAGCUGAAAGAAAAGUCCAAGUUCUCGAAAAUCAAUCAGUAGACCUCGAAGCAAAGGCUGAAGAAUGGAAAGAGAAACAUAAUCAGGCUCAGCAGGAGCUUGAAGAAACAAUCAAAUCUCUCGAGGGUAUUUGA